AUAUAAGAAGGGCCGUAUGGCACCAGAGAAACCACAUCACUCAGAGGUCACCCCCUCACAGAUCUCCUACAACCACACAAAUCCAACCAAUCAUGGACGUAUUCUCGACAUCCCAGAUCUUCUACGAUAGCACUUGUGCCUCAUCUCCUGAAGCUUUGGAGUUCGGCCCUGGAGGAGAACUGGCCGGGUCUGAAGAGGACGAGCACGUCAGGGCCCCCGGGGCCCCGCACCAGCCAGGUCACUGUCUGCAAUGGGCCUGCAAAGCUUGUAAGCGCAAAUCCAGCACUGUGGACCGCCGGAGAGCCGCCACUAUGAGGGAGCGCCGCCGGCUGAAGAAGGUGAACCAUGCGUUUGAGGCACUACGGCGCUGCACCUCGGCGAACCCCAGUCAGCGUCUUCCCAAGGUGGAGAUCCUGAGGAACGCCAUCCAGUACAUCGAAAGCCUUCAGGAGCUUCUCAGAGAACAAGUGGAGAACUACUACAGCCUGCCAAUGGAAAGCAGCUCUGAGCCGGCCAGCCCUUCCUCAAGCUGUUCUGAAAGCAUGGUUGACUGCAAUAGUCCUGUGUGGCCUCAAAUGAAUCCAAACUUUGGGAACACAUACAACUUUGAAGCACAAAAUGCCAGCGCAGUGGUUAGAACUCCAGGAGCGUCCAGUUUGCAGUGUCUGUCCAGCAUCGUGGACAGGCUGUCUUCUGUAGAUACAGGAGUUGCAAUGGGAAUGAGGAACAUGGUUGCUCUCUCUCCAACUGGAAGUGAUUCCCAGUGCAGUUCUGCAGACAGUCCCAGCAACAGACCAGUCUACCACGUCCUGUGAGAGGGAGUGAGACACUACAGCCUGGAUAUCUGCUUCCACAGAAUGCUCUGCAGAGUCUAAAUGACUGCUAUUCACAUUGCAUGUUCAUUUAUGAAGUAUUUUGGAUGAUUUGAUAAUGCUUUCAGAUAUCAAUAAGAAUGUAGUAAUUAAAAACCUCUAUAUAGCACAGUGACAAAGAUUUGCCCUCAACCUCUUACAGCUAGAAGUACAAAACAAAUCUUUAGUUCUGUCUAGGCUUGGUUAUAAUAUCGGGUCAUGCUUUAAAAAAAGCCGUAGUAUCCAUUGUAUACACAGUGGAUAUUUUUACCAUGUUGACUGACUGUACAGCUGACUACAUUGAAAUUGGUUUUAUUUAUCAAUAAUAAUCGUUGAGGUACUUAGUAAAUGCUGUUUUGUAAUAUUAGCCAACUUAGUGUUAUCCACAACCUUACAUUCUCUGUUGUAAAUAAGAUUGUACAUAAUUUAAAUGACUGUUAUUCUAUUUGUGUAUUGUUGUAUCUGUCAUAUUUAAUGAACAUUCUUGCAUAAAAUGACUUUUUCUUCAAUAA